AUGGGCAACACGCUGUCCAAGGUGAUGACCACGUCUGUGGAGAACGACCCCAUGCGCAACGUGCUCGGCAACUCGCUCGGUGCCCAGGUUAUGGCCGGUGCCUCGGUUGUUGCUGCCGUCGGCUUUGUCCUCAAGCUCGCCCAGAAGGCCGCCAAGCGCCAGACGCCGACGAUGCUGUUUGCGCCCAAGGGCUCCGAGUCUUCCAAGUCGUCCAAGGUUGCGGUUGAUGGCAAGUUCUUCAACUCGAUGUCCAAGAUCAUGAAGACUCUUGUUCCGUCGCUCUUCUCGCCCGAGGCCGCAUACAUGGUGGUGGUGGCGGUGUCGAUGGUGGCGCGGACGUACUGCGACGUGUGGAUGCUCAACAACGGCACGGCCAUCGAGCGGUGCAUCAUUACCGGCGAUGCCAUCGGGUUCAAGACGCAUCUGUUCAAGCUCAUUCUCGCCAUGCUCCCGCUCUCGGUCACCAACAACCUGCUCAAGUACGGCCUGUGGGAGCUCGCGCUCCGGUUCCGGACCCGGCUGACAAACAAGCUGUACAAGUCGUACCUCGCCGACUACACCUACUACCAGGUGAGCAACCUCGACAACCGCAUUUCCAACGCCGACCAGCUCCUCACCACCGACGUGCUCAAGUUCUGCGACUCAGUCGCCGAGCUCUACUCGAACAUUGCCAAGCCGUUGCUGGACAUUGUCAUCUACUCGCGAGCGCUCACCGACAACAUCGGCCUGCAGGGCCCGGUCGUCAUGCUCGGCUACCUUGUGCUCUCGGGCGUGGUCCUCACCCGCCUCCGCCGCCCAACCGGGGCCUUUACCGUCCAGGAGCAGCGACUCGAGGGCGAGUUCCGCUACGUCAACUCGCGACUCAUCACCCACUCGGAGGAGAUUGCCUUCUACAACGGUAACAAGCGCGAGGAGAUCACCAUUGCAUCGACCUUCUCGCGCCUCGUCACCCACCUCCGCAACGCGCUCCAGUUCCGCGGCCUCAUCGGCCUCGUCGACAAUGUCGUCGCCAAGUACCUUGCCACCGUCGUCGGCUUCCUCGUCAUGUCGCGCGGCUUCCUCGCCCGCGGCUCGGGCCUUGCCGGCGCCGCUGCCCAGUCUGAGAACAUGGAGGCGUACUACCGGGCCGGCCGGAUGCUGGUCAACCUCGCCAAGGCCAUGGGCCGCCUGGUCCUCGCCGGGCGCGAGCUCACCCGCCUUGCCGGCUUCACCAACCGCGUCACCGACCUCGACCGGGUCCUCAAGGACCUGGCCAAGGGCAAGUACGUCCGCACUAUGAUCGCCGCCGACAACGGCGCCGGCGCGUCGGCCGAGUCGAGCGACGCCAUCGCGCUUGCGCCCAACUCGGGCGAGAUCGUCAACCGGGACCACGUCAUCAUCUUUGACAAGGUCCCGAUCGUCACGCCCAACGGCGAUGUCCUCAUCCGCUCCAUGUCGUUUGCGGUCGAGGCCGGCAAGAACGUGCUGGUGUGCGGGCCGAACGGGUGCGGCAAGUCGUCGCUCUUCCGUACGCUCGGCGGCCUCUGGCCGCUGUUUGGCGGAAAGAUGACCAAGCCGACCAAGGACAACCUGUUCUACAUCCCGCAGCGCCCGUACCUCACCCUCGGCACCCUCCGCGAUCAGAUCAUCUACCCGCACACCGCCGCCCAGUUCUACGCCGCCGGCCACACCGACGACGACCUGCUCGGCUACCUCGACCAUGUCCACCUCGCGUACAUCGUCACCCGCGAGGGCGGAUGGGACACUGUCGCCGACUGGGCAGACGUCCUCUCCGGCGGCGAGAAGCAGCGCGUCGCCAUGGCCCGCCUCUUUUACCACAGGCCGCAGUUUGCCAUCCUCGACGAGUGCACCUCGGCCGUCUCGGUCGACGUCGAGGGCUUUAUGUACGAGCACUGCCGCUCAGAGCUCGGCAUCACUCUCUUCACCGUCUCGCACCGCAAGUCGCUGUGGAAGUACCACGACUACGUCCUCGCCUUUGACGGUCGCGGCGGCUACUCGUUCUCGGCCAUCGCUGACCUCGAUCCCGCCGAGCAUGGCUCGUAACCCAGCUCAAAACGCGCUCCCUGCCAACGCUCAUCUCCCCCCCCCGUCAGCAUUGAAUCUCACACA